AUGAAGUAUCCUACAGUCGCUCGCAGUCUUAGUAUCCUUACAAUAUGUUUCCUAUUAAGCAGCACAGCUGAAGCAUAUCUUGUGCAUGUAUAUGCUACAAGUGACUCCUAUCGGGACCCAAUUGAUGCCUGUGUAUCAUAUGUAACAAAUUGUGCCGUCAAAAACGAAACUAAGAUAGCGACGGUCAGAAAACAGACUGCGCCGGUGGCACACUAUUGGAUUGCAUGGUACCAGAUGGUCAGCUGUCUUGUGUUUACAUGGAGAAAAUUGGAUCAGUGGCCUACUCAACCAAAGAAAAAUCGUGUUGGGCAUUCAAAGGUUAUGAGAACCAUACUUGGGAAUUUAAUCAAGUAG